AUGUCGUCGAUGCGCGGUCUCGUCCAGUUCAUAGCGGACCUCCGAAAUGCUCGGGCGCGAGAACUGGAGGAGAAGCGGAUCAACAAGGAGCUGGCCAACAUCCGCCAGAAAUUCAAGAGCGAGAAAUUGGAUGGCUACCAGAAGAAGAAAUACGUCUGCAAGCUCCUCUACAUCUACAUCCAGGGAUACAAUGUCGACUUUGGACACCUGGAAGCCGUCAAUCUCAUCUCUGCAACCAAAUACUCCGAAAAGCAGAUUGGAUACCUAGCCGUCACCCUGUUCCUACACGAGCAACAUGAACUCCUACAUUUGGUGGUCAACAGCAUUCGGAAGGAUCUGUUGGACCAUAAUGAACUCAACAACUGCCUGGCCUUGCAUGCUGUGGCCAAUGUCGGUGGCCGAGAAAUGGGUGAGGCUCUCAGUGCCGACGUCCAUCGGCUGCUGAUCUCCCCUACGUCCAAAUCCUUUGUCAAGAAGAAGGCAGCCCUGACACUACUUCGCCUCUACCGAAAGCACCCGGCCAUCAUUCAAAGAGAAUGGGCAGAAAGAAUAAUAUCGUUGAUGGAUGACCCAGACAUGGGCGUGGUGCUUUCUGUCACUUCGCUCAUCAUGGCUCUGGUCCAAGACAAUCCGGACGCGUACAAAGGGAGUUAUGUCAAGGCUGCUCAGAGGUUGAGAAAGAUCGUUAUUGAGAACGACAUCUCACCAGAUUAUUUGUACUACAAGGUUCCUUGUCCAUGGAUUCAAGUCAAAUUUUUGAAGUUACUACAGUAUUACCCUCCUUCAGAAGAUUCGCAUGUUCGCGAUCUCAUUCGCGAGUCACUUCAGGCUAUUAUGCAGGCAACCACAGAAGCGCCCAAAAAUGUACAACAGAACAACGCUCAGAAUGCGGUACUGUUUGAAGCCAUCAACCUUCUCAUCCACCUCGACACUGAGCACCAGCUCAUGAUGCAGAUAUCUUCCAAAUUGGGAAGAUUCAUCCAAUCGAGAGAAACGAAUGUGCGAUACUUGGGCUUGGAUGCCAUGACCCAUUUUGCUGCUAGAUCCGAUACUCUUGAUCCCAUCAAACGACACCAGAAUAUUAUCAUCGGUUCUCUACGAGAUCGAGACAUCAGUGUCCGGAGGAAGGGUUUGGACCUGCUGUACAGCAUGUGUGACACCACCAAUGCCCAACCAAUUGUUAACGAAUUGUUGAAAUACCUGCAAACGGCAGACUUUUCGAUACGUGAAGAAAUGACGCUCAAAAUUGCAAUUCUGACGGAGAAAUAUGCAACCGAUGCUCAAUGGUAUAUUGACAUCUCACUGAGGCUGCUCGCCAUGGCUGGUGAUCAUGUCAGCGACGAAGUCUGGCAACGCGUGGUCCAAAUCGUCACCAAUAACGAAGAACUACAACCCUAUGCUGCACAACACAUUUUCGACUAUCUGAAAGCCGACAAUUGUCACGAUACUCUUGUCAAAAUCGGCGGUUACAUUCUUGGAGAGUUCGGGCAUCUGAUUGCUGACAGCAAGGGAUGCAGUCCGAUUGAGCAGUUGAUGGUGCUUCAAACAAAGAUGAUAUCAGCGCCUGAUCCUACGAGAGCGUUAUUACUGUCGACAUUCGUCAAGUUCGUCAACCUAUUCCCGGAAAUCAAGCCGCAGCUACUGCAGAUGUUCCAGUUCUACAGCCAUUCGCCCGAUUCGGAGCUGCAACAGAGGGCAUGCGAGUAUCUGACCAUUGCGACAUUGCCCACAGACGACCUGCUACGGACCAUCUGCGAUGAAAUGCCCCCAUUUUCAGAACGAGCCUCCAUACUCCUGCAAAGACUGCACAAAAAGAGUGCAGGAAUCAGUGAAAGGAGAACCUGGGUGGUCGGUGGCAAGGACGCCAACGCCGACGAAAAAGAAGUUCUUUUGGCUCAACAGACCGGGCUGAAGCGAUCCUUUACCACCAUUGUUAAUGGGACACCUCCAAACACGAACGGUGCCGCUGCGACACCGGCUCAAAAUGGAACGUCAAGCGCGGCGAAGGACCUAGAAGGACUGGAUAUGAAUGGCUAUAGCACUGACGUGACGAUUCCUAACCUUGCCAGCACGGCCCAUCUUUCACCGGAAUGGGAGAUUGGGUAUGAAAACCUGUUCUUUGCUGAUGAAGGUGUCUUGUACGAGGAUCCACAGAUUCAAGUCGGUAUCAGAGCAGAAUAUCGCGGCCACCUCGGGGUGAUCAAACUCUACUUCACCAACAAAGCCUCUUUUUCAAUCGGCUCCUUCACGACUACACUCGACAACAAAUCCGCCCCCAGCCUCAAAAUUGACACCAAGAGCCUUCCCGACUCAUCCGUCGGUGCAGACUCGCAAGUCCAACAGACCAUUGUCUGCACUUCGACUGCCCCGUUCUCCGAACCACCCACCAUCCGCAUCUCUUACCUUGCCGGCGCCUUGCAGGGUUACACUCUCAAACUACCGAUUCUCCCACACCGAUUCAUGGAUCCAUCGGAGCUCUCAGCGGAGGAUUUCUUCAAACGGUGGCGGCAGAUCGGAGCGGGUCCUCUUGAGGCGCAGAGUACAUUCGGCUCGCGCCCUUCGUCGGCGCCGCUGAAUGAUAAAUUCGUCCGCGAUACUGUCGCAGGAUUUCGAUGGCGAAUCUUGGAGAACGUCGACCCCAAUCCGAAGAAUAUAGUUGGCUGUGCGGUCUUGCAGCUCGAGAAGGGGAAGACAGGAUGUCUCCUGAGAUUGGAGCCCAAUCAUCAGCAGAAGAUGUUUCGCGUAACAAUUCGUGCGACGCAGGAAAGGGUUCCUGGGAUUCUGUUGAACCAGAUGCAGGAGCGACUUGCCAGGGGACCUCCGGCCUAG